AUGAAGAAUCAUACGUGGACUCUUGUGGAGCUUCCUGUUGGAGCUAAACCAACUGGCUUAAACUGGGUGUUUAAGCUCAAACUCAACUCUGACGGAAGCAUUAACAAGCAUAUGGCUCGUCUUGUCGCAAAGGGAUAUGCACAACGGUAUGGGGUGAACUAUGAUGAAGUAUUUGCUCCGGUAGCUCGACUAGAGACAAUUCAUCUGCUCAUUAGUUUAGCAGCAGCAAGUGGAUGGGAGAUACAUCAUCUUGAUGUAAAAACUGCUUUUCUUCAUGGAGAACUAAAAGAAGUUGUCUAUAUCACUUAA